AUGGGCGAGAAGCAGCCGCCGCAGCAGAAGCACAAACCCGUGUGGCGCACGGGGCUCGCCCCCUACGGCCGGUCCGCCGCGCCGGGGGCGGCGGGGGCGGCGUCGGCGUGCUCCAGGGCUUGCUGCCGGCGCCGCAGCAGCUCGCACUCGUCGGCGUCCGCCAAGUGCCUCUGCCCUGUACCUGAUAUGGUACCUUGCCCUGUCCCUGUCGUUGUCGUUAUACCACGUUCCUGCCUGUGCCCCUGUCUUGGAACCACUGUCCUGCAGCCCCAUCUCUGUGGGGGCGGGGUAUGGCCGGGAGUCAGGGGGAAAAGCAGGGCACACCCGGCAGCGGCAGCAGAAGAGCCUGUCGCACAGCGGGUGGGUCGCAGGCGGCAGUGGGACCGCCUGCCGCCGCUGCCGCCACCGCCGCCACCGCCGCCCACAGUCUUGGGCGAGUGUGUUCCGUGCCUGACGCGACCGCCAGCUCAGCCUCCGACGACGCCCUCGCAGGACACGACACCCGCCACUACCGUCACGCCGGGGGCGUCGGUUCCGGACACCAGCCACGUGGCUGAAGGUGCCGACUCCGGCGCUUCAACGUGGAUGGGCGCGCUGUUCCGGAAACGACGAUCACCGAAGCGUCGUAAGAAAUGCGGCCUCUCGACGGAAGACGACCUCUGGGGCGGAGACAGGGAGCGAGCUGCCGACUCCGUCUCUGAGUCGUCGUUGCCGACAGGCUCUUCCAGUACUGCCCAAAGGCAGGGGUGCGAUGCCACGGAAGGGACGGCGGCCUCGCCCAGCCCGGACGUCCCCGUGGCCGGUGGCCGGCGACCCUCGGGACGCGACGACACACUGCCGCCCACGCCUUCCACGCUGCUCAGAUGGAGGCACAAGGCGCACGAGAGUGACACGCGCAAAGCGUUCCUUCGGUGUGUCCACGUUGCGCUGGCGGCAGCACGCCCAGUGCUGUGGGCUGAGGCAACCCGGGGGGCCGAGGCGCACGCUCGGGGCCUGCGGGGAUGGCGGCCGCUCUGCAGCGGCGGCCAGACACCUGCUAUUAGAACGCAGUCACGACCAGGGAGGCCGGGCCGCGCGCCUGCUCGACUCGGGCUGCCCGUCCCCGUCUAA